AUGCCGGCCAAAUAUCCCGACAUUGUGACCCUUCCGGAAGGACUGCUGGGAGAUUAUAUAAUUCUAAGGAACCCUAGAAUUCCUGGGUUUGAGUUAAUGAUUGUUUGGAAGAUACACAUCGAUGAAGAAGGGAGAAUCACACCUGUUCUGGACCUUCUGACCAAAGUACCGGAGCAAGUCUUGGAGCGGAAGAUGGCAACUGUUGAAACUGCACCCGCCCGCUUCCGCAGCAUGCUGCGUCUGUUGGGGAUCGAGACAGCUCUGGAGAACCUGAUCACGGCCCUUCGCUCGGGAAGCUGCAUGCCAGCGUGA